GAAAAUUAACAAGAGUACUGUACGUUUCAGCUAGAGAGUCUGAACCCCAACAGAUUAGUCGUAUAUAUGGCUAAGCUACAACAAAGCUCCUACGUCCUGUGCCUGGCAUUUUCUGUAGCUGUCAAUCUGUAUUUGAUCUUAAACCUCUAUGGACAUGGAGCUGGAGGUCAGUGGGAGCUCAGUUGGAGCAGAAGGGCAGCAGAAGAAGCCGAACACGUCGCCGCCGUGCCUUGCUCGGGGCAUGGCAGAGCCUACUUGGAUGGUUUGGUUCUUGAUGAUGGCAAGCAACCUGGUUGUGAAUGCAAUUCUUGCUUUGGAGGCUCAGAUUGUUCUCAGUUCUUAACUGAUUGUGAAUCAAAUGCUGACGGUGGGGAUCCAUAUUUCUUAGAGCCCUUUUGGAUGGAACAUGCUUCAGAAAGUGCAAUUCUAGUAGCAGGGUGGCAUCGAAUGGGCUAUUCUUUCUCUGAUAAAUCUUACAUCUCACAAGAGCUUGAGAGGCUCAUCCGCAAAGUACACGACGUUGCUGGUAAUGCAGUCACUCAAGGAAGGUACAUUGUAAUCGGUGCUGGCUCAACCCAUCUCAUCAACGCCGCAGUUCAAGCGCUCUCUUCCUCAUCGACCGAUAAUUUCAACUCAUCAUCAUCCUCACCAGCUAGCAUUGUUGUUACAAUUCCUUAUUACGCGCUUUAUGAAACGCAAACAGAAUACUUCCAAUCAGUAAAUUACAAGUUCGAAGGGGAUGGUUCGUUGCUGAACUUGUCAAGUGGAACUAAGAGGGUUAUUGAGUUUGUAACGGCACCAAACAAUCCUGAUGGGAAGCUAAACAAAGCAAAUUUUCAAGGACCAAACUCCGCAGCAAUCUAUGAUCGUGUUUAUUAUUGGCCACAUUUCACACCAAUUCCAACUCCAGCAAAUGACGAUGUCAUGGUGUUUUCAAUUUCUAAGCUCACUGGCCAUGCUGGUACUAGAUUAGGGUGGGCAGUGAUAAAGGAUGAGGCAGUGUACCAAAGAAUAUUGCAGCAUACUCUGAUAAGUAACUUGGGUAUUUCUCGGGAUGCUCAGCUAAGAGCAAUGAAGCUGUUGAAUGUAGUCGUAGAAGGUGGAGGGAAAGAAAUUUUCGAAUUCGGAUACACCACAAUGAGGAAACGGUGGGAAAAACUGAAAAACACCCUGUCUUUGUCAAACCGAUUUUCUCUGCAGAAAGAUGAACCUCUCUUCUGCACUUUUUUCCAGAAACGUAGAGGACCAUCUCCAGCCUAUGCAUGGGUGAAGUGCGAGAGAGAAGAAGAUGUAGAUUGCUACAAAGUUCUCCAGGAAGAAGCUAAUGUUUACGGCCGCAGAGGAAGUGUGUUUGGUGCUGAAGAUCGAUAUGUACGUCUCGCCCUCAUAAGGAGCCAAGAUGAUUUCGAUAUAUUGCUUCACCGAUUGAACCAGUUGGUCUCCAAGGAAGAUGAUUCACAGCCCCAGACUUCCAUUAACAAUGUGACAACCCAUGAAUUUCUCAGACGCAAGUCACGUAAGUAGUUAGAACUUAGAACUAGAAGUCUCGUCAGCACUCUUUGACCGCUCUAUGUACUUGGAGAAAUAAGGGAGCGCUUCUCGUGCUCCGCUGUUCCACUCUCACAUCUCGCUGAGAGAGCAAAACACUCGUACAGUCAUUUAUGUAGUUAUAUAUAUGUGAUUGGAUCGAUAAGGAUAAAACA